GGAGUUCUCUAGAGCAAUUAAGCAGACUUUAGACCAACUUCUGAAAGUUGCUGGCAUACCUAAACGACGAACCAGCUGAAGGAGCAACUUGCUAAUAUGACUUCAACCAGAGUCUUGGCUAAAACUACAAUCAUUUUAUAUGCAAUCUGUUUCUUCACAAACGCUGAUGGAAAAGCUGCAAUGAAGAGAUCUGUAAGUGAAAUGCAGAUUAUGCACAAUUUGGGAGAGCACCUACAUUCUGCAGACAGGCAAAACUGGCUCCUUGAGAGAUUGCAAACUGUGCACCAUGCUCCCCUGGUCGCUGAAGAAACCGUUGUAGAUGCUAAGCCCCGUGAGGCCAGAAGCUGGAGAUUGCAUCCUGAGCACUUCCAGGCAAAGAUACAGAGGAAACCAAAGGAUUGGAAUAAAGGUUAUCGGGACAGCAUGUUCAAAACAAAACCACAGUGAAAUAACAUAAAGUCAGCUUUCCAGUUAACUGCAUAGAGUAGUGAGCAAUCAGGGCAUUUUAUUAUUUAUUAUUUAUAAGACAAUGACAUCUAAAGGCACGUCUGCAUAAUACUUCUAUUUGGGAAAUAUGGGUGCUCAUUCUGAGCAUUUUACUCCCAUAGACUUCAUUGGUGGGUAGCAACCGUGCAGUCCUCCAGCUGUUGUUCAACUGCAGGGUACAUCUGGAAGACUAUGCGAUUCCUACACUUGGUCUAUGUAUAGAGGAGGUUCUGGCUGUCAGAGCUCCUCAGGCCUCAUCUACACUGCCAUAUAAUGCAGUUAUAUAAUGUAGUUUAACUGCAUUAUACAGGUUUACACAACCAUAUAAGUUAAACUGCAUUAUAUGACAUUAUAGAUGGGGCCUCAGUUUUCCAUACAGCUUACAGAGUAACUUGUAAGGACAAAUCUAUACCCACUAUCUCAGAGAUGAAAAAUGGGGCAUGGGUGGCCAAACAACAUUGGAGUGCAGUUGAAAUGGGAAAAUAUAAAUGAGGAGGAACAUGCUUUUUAGGAGAGGCUGCAGCAGGUUUUUUUUUUUUUUGGCCUGAACCUAUUGGGGAGGGCAAGAUUCCACUUUCUCCCUGCAAUGAGUUAACUGAAUAAAAAUAUUUUUCACUUUUAGCUCAAUCUGCAGCAAUGGAAUUAGGCCAAGGACAGAGGGAGAAUGAGGUAGGAGGAGAAAGAAACUGGAGCAUUUAAGAAGUAGCUGAAAAGGUGGGGCCACAGAGAGUUCAUUGGUCUUAUCCCUGUCAACUGAGAUACUUGGAGGGUAUGAAGCUUGUCUGGCUCAUCUACUUUGUGAGCUUCUGCUUUGGGGUUAACUGGGCAGUGGAUGAGAAAACCUCUUGAUUUUUCUAGGAUGUUUUUUUCCUUAUAACUUCUUCCAGGUAUCAUGCUACUGAACCUGGUACAUAAGCAUGCACAGUUGCUGUUGGUUCAUGAAUAACUCACUCACUACAUCAAUAGAGAGGUGUCUAUACUUGUUUUCUGACAGUGAUCUUACUAUGUACACUGACUUCUAGAAAAAGCCCAUGCUGGGCUUAGUCCCAAAAUGCCCAUCAAUCCUUUGUCAAUGUGUUCAUGUCAACAAAAGCAUAUCUUCAUAAAUCUGUUUACAUUUGCUGUUGUAAUUUUAUGCAUAUGUACUUAACAACCAGGUUAAUUGAAAUGAUGGGGACUUCCUUCUAAGUAAAUAUGCAUAGGAUGAGGCUAUAAGAUAUGCUAUGAAGGAGAACAAGUUAUAACCAAUAACAUGAAAACCAGUGAGGCCAUAUCAUGGCACAAAUAUAGCUGAUGGUACAAAUUUAUCCAGGACAAGAGAUACUAUAUGGAUUAUAGAACACGGAGCAGAGCCCAUUAUUUUAUGGUUUUCCAGGUUAACAAAUUGCAGUUUUCUGUAUAUGUUGGUAAACACACGCAGACACUAUAAGAGAAAGACAAAUAAACUUUUAUAAGAUUUAGUACCUCAUGCAUUUUUUCACAAACUAAUAAACUAGAAAUGAAUGUUCAGAUCAAGAGCUGGCAUUCAUCAUAUUCAGACAGCAAAAGAAAAUUUGGUUCCUUAGAAGUAUACAGCAAAAAUUUGAUUGAGGGCCAAGUAUUUUAUUGUACUAGACAUGUUCCUGCAUACAUGCAACUAAUUGCAACAGGCCAUAAAGAGCUUGUAUUGAGUUUAGUGCAUUUUACUUGGAAGAAGUGUUUUAAGAAGGAAUAGGGUGGGUUUGUGGGACUGUGACUUUAAAAUGCACUUUCUAUUUAUUCAUUUGCUGCAUGUUCAAUUUAAAUUUAAAGAAAUGUAGUUUAUUUCUUAAAAUCUGUGAUUUGCUAAUGCAUUGUCAAAUAAAAUGGACCAAAAGCUCUCAGACAGCAGUAGAUGAAAAGCACAGAA